AUGGCCGUGGCGUUUUCCUUAUUUAAUUUUCCCGCCAAAAGACCAACGCUAUUUGAUGAUGAUGACGAAAACGACGAUAGCAAAGGUAAAAUUUAAAUAAGUGUAACUGAUAUACUCUUCUUUAAUACGUCAUUAUUAACACACAGUUCUACGAACUGCCCGCAAAAUAUCACGGAUGAUUUGUAUAUCGGAGCUGCUAAAAAUGUUUUCAAAAACGCACAAGAACAAAACGAUGGCGUGUAUUUAAUACUACAUUUCUUGUUGUUUCAGAUUGCCCAUUCCCUACGUUACUCGAAUGGAAAGCUGUCACAAAGAAAUUCCCGUGGAAUAUUGUCUUGCUGCUGGGAGCUGGCUUUGCAAUGGCCAAAGCUGCAAAGGUAUUUGCCGUAUGGUAUCCUUACUGCACCUCUAGGGAGAACAGUUUAGAACUGAUAGAGCUAUCCGGUUUUAAUAAAGUUAGUUUAGUCUAGGUUUCCUCCUGUAGUAACACUGGAUCAAUAAGAGAUGAUCCUUACUGGACCUCAAGGAAGAACAGUUUAGAACUGAUAGAGCUAUCCAGUAUAAAUAAAGAUAGUUUAGUUCAGGUUUCCUCCUGUAGUAACACCAGAUCACUAAGAGAUAAUCCUUACUGAACCUCUAGGAAGAACAGUUUAGAACUGAUAGAGCUAUCCAGUAUAAAUAAAGUUAGUUUGGUUUAGGUUUCCUCCUGUAGUAACACUGGAUCAAUAAGAGAUGAUCCUUACUGGAUCUCUAGGGGAACAGUUUAGAACUGAUAGAGCUAUCCAGUAUAAAUAAAGUAAGUUUAGUUUAGGUUUCCUCCUGUAGUAACACUGGAUGAAUAAGAGAUGAUCCUUACUGGACCUCUAGGAAGAACAGUUUAGAACUGAUAGAGCUAUCCAGUAUAAAUAAAGUCAGUUUAGUUUAGGUUUCCUCCUGUAGUAACACUGGAUCAAUAGGAGAUGAUCAUUAAUGGACCUUUAGGGAGAACAGUUUAGAACAGAUAGAACUAUCCAGUAUAAAUAAAGUUAGUUUAGUUCAGGUUUCCUCCUGCAGUAACACUGGAUCAAUAAGAGAUGAUCCUUACUGGAUCUCUAGGAAGAACAGUUUAGACUGAUAGAGCUAUCCAGUAUAAAUAAAGGUAGUUUAGUUUAUGUUUCCUCCUGUAGUAACACUGGAUCAAUAAGAGAUGAUCCUUACUGGACCUCUAGGAAUAGAGCUAUCCAAUAUGAAUAAAGAUUAAUUUAAGUUGAGGGUACGUGACUCGCGUUUUGACUUGUGUCGUAAAAUUGUUUUCUGUAUCUAGGAAUCGUGUUUGUCAGAAUGGUUGGGUGAUCAAAUGGCGUCACUAGAAUCUAUUCCACAAUUCUACAUUGUCUUGAUAAUAUCUCUGGUACUAUGUAUGUUUACUGAAGUCACAUCAAACGUCGCUACUGCCUCGAUAUUUCUGCCUAUUGUUGGCUCCGUGGUAGGUUUUGUAGACCCGUGAUAUCCUCGUAUCCUAUGAUAUUACUCUUCUUGUAAUAAAGAUAAACUUUUUUCUCAACAGGCAGUCAAUAUUAAAAUUCAUCCAUGGUACUUAAUGGUUCCUGCCACACUCUCAUGUUCCUUUGCGUACAUGUUGCCUGUGGCAACACCUCCCAAUGCAAUCAUAUUCUCCUCAGGAUAUCUUAAAGUUUUCGAUAUGGUAAGCAGUAAGCUUAUUCUGCUUUACAAUACUGCUCUACUACUAAUAACAUAGUUAGUUUAGGUUUCCUCCUGUAGUAAGACUGGAACAAUAAUGGAUUAUAUAUUUCCCCUGGAAGUUUAUAGAAUUGAUGUAGCUAUCUAGUGUCAGGUAGAAAAUCUUCGAGUUAAGCCCUUCGAGUUUUGAAAUGCCAGAACUCUCUUUUCAAAUGCCAAAACUACCUAUUCAAAAGCCAGAACUCCGUUUUCAAAUGCCAAAACUCUGUUUUCAAAUGCCGAAAUUCCGGUUCCAAAUGCCAAAACUACCUUUUCAAAAGCCAAAACUCCGUUUUCAAAUGCCAAAACUCUAUUUUCAAAUCCCAGAACUCCCUUUUCAAAUGCCAAAACUCAGUUUUCAAAUUCCAGAUCUUCUUUUUCAAAAGCCAGAACUCCGUUUUCAAAUGCUAAAACUCUGUUUUCAAAUCCAGUAUAAAUAAAGUUAGUUUAGUUUAGGUUUCCUCCUGUAGUAACACUGGAUCAAUAAGAGAUGUUCCUUACUGGACCUCUAGGAAGAACAGUUUAGAACUGAUAGAGCUAUCCAGUAUAAAUAAAGUCAGUUUAGUUUAGCUUUCUUCCUGUAGUAACACUGGAUCAAUAAGAGAUGAUCCUUACUGGACCUCCAGGAAGAAGAGUUUAGAACUGAUAGAGCUAUCCAGUAUAAAUAAAGUUAGUUUUGUAAGUAUAAAAUACCACACGGAGCACCUAAGAUGACGACAAACCAUUUUCAUACAGGUCAGAGCUGGUAUUGUGAUGAAUAUUAUUGGUCUUAUGAUAAUGUUGGCGUGGACACACAGUGUUGGCGCGGCGUGGUUCAAUCUUUCAGAGUUUCCGUCCUGGGCCUCGGCGCUCGACAGUAAUGCAACGAAAUGCUUGGUAUAGAGUCUUUGGUCGGUAUUGGCGCGACAGGUAUCCUUCAAGGGGGGGGAGGGGGUAUACUUUUGCCGAGUCAUUAGUUUGGUCUGUGUACAUUUACUACAUCUUUGAUCAACAUUCCAUAUACGCGGAUUACGCGAGUCUUCGCUUUCACAAUAAUAGCUAUCAGAUCUGUCGACUAUACAUAUAUGUUCGACUGUUUUGAAAUCCACAGGGCCGUAGGAAGAUCGAUAAUUGGGGGGGGGGGGGGGGGGGGGCUCAUAUUCAUAUAUUCGUGUUCUGCAUUAUUCACUUCUUUUUAAAUCGAUUGUUUUUACAGUCUGUAAACAUGAAUAUAUGAAUAUGAGCCCCCCAAUUAUCGAUAGGCCCUGAUCCACCGGGUGUCCCAGAAAAAACUGCAUACUGUUUGAUUUCAUGUAAUGUAAAAGCUAUAAAAGCUAUCGCAUUGAAAUAAAGGUCAUUGCAUUCACAAAGGACUAACUUAGAUUUUGAUAUAUAGCACUUGAAUUCACAUGCAAUAUUGAAUGCGCUAUUGAUUUGAGAACGUUGAACUACUGUUUUUGAAAAUGCCAAAAAUUAGCAUAAAACAAGCUUAUAAUUACCGAUGUAGUUAUAUACUUUUUAAAUAAUAAAUAUUUUUAUAUUUGUUGUCUCUCGCUCAAUAUUGCAUGUAAAUUCAAGUGUUAUAUAUCACAAUCUAAAUCAGUCC